AUGGCGACCGAAAAGCAUCAACACCAGCAGGAGCUGCAGCAGCCACAAGCACCAGACCUAUCCAAACACCCAAAACUAACACGAGAACAAGCAGGACACCUCCGCCACUUCCACAACCUCGUCACCCAGCCCGACAACGACUGGAACCUCAUGGGCUCGCAGGAGCCCCUCCAGGAAUUCCUCGACGCAUACCGCUACCAGCUCGCGACCAUGGCCUACGCCGCUGGUGUCGCGCACUUCCACCGCCAACCGGCCCUCCGUAGCAUCUACAAGAAGCUCUUACGGCAGACGAUCCACAAAAUGCUCCUUCGCGCCGUGUGGGCGUACUGGUUCAACACGAGCAUGGCCGGGAUCGCGACCGAUCCGGACCUGAAGGAGCUUAGGAAGCCGUGGGCUGACCCCGUUGUGAGGGAGAAUAUCAUGUAUAGCGGGCAUCUGCUGAUGAUGGUGGCGUUGUAUGGGAUGUUGUUUGACGAUGAUGAGUUUGAGAGGCCUGGGUCGUUGGAGUUUUUGUGGAAUCCAUUGUUUUUUGGGAUGGGGCCGGAGAAGUUCUCGUAUGAUGCGGGUAGCUUGCAGGAUGCUAUUGUCAAGGAGAUGGAGGGGAACAGAUGGAUUGGGUUGUGCAAGCUGAUCGGAAUGCGCCUGAGGGACGCUCGCCUGGGUACUUCAGUCGUAGACGACGUUUUGGAGAAGUACAAAGCCGCGUGGGACAAGAAAGGGCUCGUCGGCUCCGAUGGCCUCCUGCCGGACGCGUGGAUGGUUAAGCAGGACUUCACCAUCCGCCCCAAAGAUCCAGCGUGGACGGCGUGGGGCUCUGCCUUUAUGAACUCGUGGAACGGCUCCGUCGUGAGGUCUCACUACGACGAUCAGGCCCUCGGGUACGUUACUAAGACGGAAGGAGGUGAUAUCCGUCUGAAUCCGCCUACCGUCGGCAACGAGUUCAGGAAGCUGGUCAAGGAGGACGGCGCGGCGCCGGACUCGCGCGAGACGCUCCAACGGGCGGUGCGAAAUGCCAAGGAGGCUGAGGCGGGUAAGAAGGGAGGCUUUCCGUAUACCAAGCCCAUGUUUGGGUAUACCGUCCAGUGGCUCUCGGAGCUGGGCAAGGACGCCGAGUUGACGGCCUUGCUCAAAUACGCGGACGAGAAAUUGGGCCCCAAGUGGGACCGCGGCGGGCUGUAUUAUCUCCGCAAUGACGAGCCGUUUGACGAGGAGAUGAGGUGGACGCACAUGGACCCCUUUUCCGGCAACGCGGCGAUCGGGUACGCGAGGUUGAAUGUCGAGGACGGGCAGAAGAUUAUCUGGGAGCGACCUUGGACUGCGAAGGAGGUAUCGGCGCGGCCGUUUGUUGAUGCGGUUACGUUGGCUGAUGGUGUUGACUUCUUGCGUGGGGAUUGGAGCGAGGAGGAGAGGAUGUUGGUACUUACUGUGAGGUCAUGGGAUGGUUCGGCGAGGACGAUCAGGCCUGUUCUUAGGAACUUGGGGCCUGGGACAUGGAGUGUGUUUGUUGAUGGACAGCUGAGGUUGUCGCGUGCGCUUUCAUCAGGAGAAGAUAUUGCUUUGGAAGUCCAAGUUGGGCAUCGGGAUGUUGAUAUCGUCGCUGUCAAGCAAGUCUGA